UACAAACCAGGCACGUUCACUUGCCUUCGGCCUUUACCACGCACAGUUCAUCUUCAAUCUUUUCUUAUCAAGUAAAUACACUUUUAGUACACUAAAAGUAGGCAAGUGUAAAAAUCGUACAUAAAUCCGUCCAGUAAUAUCUUUUUUACAUAGCUUAAAAACUAAUUAAAACAGUAGUUUCGUGAAUAUUUAAUCAUCCCCACGCGGCGAUUUGAAGAAAGAUAUUUAAAAUUUGUAAAUAUCAAUUUCUUUCGUAUUCAGUUUGCAAAUAAGUGUGGAAAACAAAUAUAAUAUGUCGACCGCCCAAUAGUCGACUUUUGGUGUACAAUUUUGUGAGAACACUGUGCAUUUAAAGUUUUGAAUCUGACUUCUACUACAAGAUUAAGUUCAAGAUUAAGUCUCAUUUGAAGAUCCAGAUUUACUAUUUCGUAGUCUUCAUUCACUUUGAAAAAUUCGUGUACAUAUAUUAAACCCUUGAAUUUGUUACCUGCACACCAAUCCAGAAGUUAAAUGGAUUACCAGCCGGGCAAGGAAUGGAAAUGUCCCACGUGCUCAAAAACGUUCAAUUUCAAGUCGCAACUUGCUAAGCACGUGAUUACGCACGACCCCGACGCCAAAGUGAAAUGCAAGAUAUGCGGGAAAAUUUUGAAAAACCCAAUGACCUUAUCCCUACACAUGGCAAGCCUCCACCCUAACCGACAACGGUUUAACUGCAAAAUCUGCCGCCGGGUGUUUCAUGACUCUGUCGCUUUACGGGGACACAAUGAUACCGUCAACAAAACAGGGGAACGACCUCGUUUCUCAUGUACGUUUCCUGACUGCGAAAAAACCUACCUGAACAAGCGACACAUUUCACAACACGUUAAAGCUGACCACGCGCAGAAUCCGGUCCGAUUUGUCUGCACGCUUUGCGGCAAAGAAUGUAAGUUUAAGAGCAAUCUUGACUCACACAUCGCCACCCACACGACGGAAAAACCGUACAAUUGUUCCACUUGUGGGAAGGGUUUCGUCCUGAUGGGAAAAAUGACACGUCAUGAGAUGACGCAUUUGGACAAAUCUACCCGGGAGGUGACAAAAUGCAACAUUUGUCCGGAGACCUUCUUAAGUAGGGAUGGCUUACAACACCACAUCCGAGUGGUGCAUGAAAAUCGGAGGAAUCAUCCGUGCUCAUUUUGUGAGAAGAGAUUCCCCAACUCAACUGAAUUGAAGCGUCACGUGGAGGCGAAACAUGCCACGAAUACUAGUAAAGAGCUGGUCCAUUUCUGCGACAAAUGCGAGUACAAGAGCCACUCAAAACACAAUUUCGCUCAACACGUGCGAACUCACAAUGUUGCAAAUUGGCGGGAGUGUUACUUUUGCAAGAAGAAGUUUUCCGGCUGGCACAUAUUGGUCAGACACUGCAGUCGAGUUCAUUGCCUCGAGAAGUAAAAGAGCGAAUUUCAUUGUGUUUCACUUUACUAACUUUCAAGUACGAGCGAUGUUGAAGAGUUUUUUUGAGAUUGGGUUUAAUUUUUUUGGGCUAUUUUUGAGUUAAUCCGAUUCAGUCGUCAGUGACACUAGGCGGAAUCCACCACAAAUUCCGAUAUAUUUACUGCUCCCGUUUUAACUCAUCCAUUCUUUCGGAAUUAUAAUCAUACGACUCAACAUUUCGCCCAUCGAUAACUUGUCCAUAAAUAUUUUAACGCUUUCAAAAAUUGUAAUGUAAAAUAAAAGAAUGAUGACGAACGACAAUGACAAUCGUCUGAAUCAUCACAUUAUAAUAAUAC